GUUUGCAUUCGUAUCCGUUUAUAUUAAUGUUGUUAAACUUCAUUAUUUGGAAGAAAAUGAUAACUUCUUCACUGGAAAUGUGCGUUAUGGAAUUUAUGCACAAAAUGUGAACGGCUGGGGCUGAGGAUUGCUGCUCCACCAGUUGAUGGCAAAGCUAACAAAGAAAUGUUAAAAUUUCUGGCCUCAACCCUUGGUAUCAGGAGGAGUGCUUUGAGUAUAACUGAGGGUGAAAAAUCUAAGAGGAAAUCUGUAAAGGUGGAAGCAGGUGUAUUAACUCUCAAAGAAGUACUAGUGAAGCUUAAAAUUCAACUAUAAUUUACUAGAGUAUGAAAACUUCUUAUAUUGGGCAUCCUGACUACUUCAAAAUUAAUUAUAUUGAUGACUAAUAUGGAAUUUAAGGAAUAAACACGGAAAUUGGUAGAGUGACUGCAAAUAAUCAUUGUACUUUUGGAUAAAAGCUUUGAAUUUUCAGUGCCUACAUUCAAUAGGCUACAAUAAUUUGUAACUAUGUAUGUUAUGUAUGUGUAAAAACUAUGAUAAUUGUAUAAUAAUGCAGUGCUUAUUGCAGACUUUCUUUGUAUUAUUACAAUUGAUGAAAGCAAAGGUUUUUUUAUUUUUUUGAAACAUAAAUAAACUGCAAUAGACUUUCCCUGUCUGGUAAGUACUGGACUAAGGAAUGGUGGUUAUGGUGUUUCUUGAUCAACAGUUGUACAUGAAUAACCAUAUUUUUUCUUAAUUAAAAAUCUCUGGACUGAAUUUCCUGCCACUAUAUGCAUUGGCAAGAUAUAUUUAUAGAAAAUCUAACAUUCAUUUAAAAUUAGAAUGUUGUGGCAAAAUUUUCCAUCAAGCCCUAACUUAUUCCAAAUACCCUAUUAAUCUCUUUGACGUUCCCUUGUCUAUAUUCUGUGAUGAUUAUGAUUCUUUUAACAUGUUUAUUAAAGGCCUGUGGGAGGUCACAUCAACACUUGACAUUUCACCUGAUUUUUAAAUGAAAAAUCCAGGUGUAAACUUACUUACCAAUGUUCAGCUCAAUAAUAAGUUUGUUCAGGACAUGUCUCAAUGCGACUGCAUCACCAUCAGCUUGUUCAUCUGAUGGAAAUUGUUGAUCAACCAGAAAACUUCAUCAGAAUGAUUAUUAGUUCCUUGUUCCUGUAGUUUCUUCCCUCAUACCAACUGUGGUUUAUAAAAUGGAAACCAUUUGAGAUGAGCUUUAAGUCAUAAAGGUCAAGGCAAUUGAUACAGAACCAGCAAAUGACUCAUAUUGCAUCAGUGGGUAAUUUCCAUGACUAUGACUCGCCCCGUAAGAGUAUCCACUUCCGAUGCAGAGCCAAGGUGUACCCAUUCCUGGUAGAAAGACUUGAAGUUUCUGAUGAGAGAGUGAGAUGGGAUUACCCGUGGCCCAAUUACCGACCUCCUCUGUUCACAGCUUCAUCAACACUAGGACAACCGUGGGCAGAUCCUGACUUAGAGAGUUUCAAACCCCAGUGGAACUGUCAGGAUGGUCUCAUCAAUCGGAAGAGUUAUGUUGGACUGUACACGGUUCAAGAAGGAUAUCCUUUGAAUGUGAUUGGAAGAACUGGACUGAGAGGUCGAGGAGUUUUAGGACGAUGGGGACCAAAUCACGCUGCAGACUCAUGUGUUACUAGAUGGAAGACAGAUGAAAAUAAAGCUUUAGUGGUGAAUCCCCAUUCAAGAAAACCCAUCCUGCAACUCAUCACGAUACAGAAGCGAAGUGGCGAAUGGGGUAUUCCAGGUGGAAUGGUUCAUCCUGGUGAAUCUGUGGUCACUGCUGGUAAAAGAGAGUUUUUUGAAGAAGUCUUAGCAUACGAACCAAAUAGUUUGGGUGUGCUUCAUGAGUUUUUCAGUGAUGGAGUGGAGAUAUAUAAAGGCUACGUGGAUGACCCGAGAAACACUGAUAACGCUUGGGUGGAAACUAUAGCGAUCCACUACCACGAUAGCGAACAAUUGUUUGACUCCAUUACACUAAUGGCGGGGGAUGAUGCUUGUAACGUGGCUUGGACAGAUGUGGAUCGCCACAUGGAGCUUUAUUCUGGCCAUCCAAAAUUUUUGCGAGAAAUGACCUCGAGACUAAAUGCGCAUUUUUAAAACUGAUAGUCUUUGUAUAUAGACAUGAUAUUGUUUUUUGUUAUUUAUAAUAUUCAGAGAACCUACCUAAAACAAUUUUCUUUUACUUAGAAAUGAAGAAACUUAUUUUUUUAGUUAUUAAAUUUAAGCAUGUUGUAAAGAUUAUAUGUUUGUAUACCAUAUUUUAAAAUUAGUGUAAUAUGCAAUAGUUAUGAUUGCUGUUUUUAAUAAAGUUUUUACUGCUGAAA